AUGUUCCAUCGUCGACAAUACUUUUCUAUUCCCUGGUGGUCAAAAUCAAAGUAUCGAAGUCGAUAUAUGAUUAUUUUUUCUUUCAUCUUGUUUACGCUUAAUAUUGUCAAUAUUGAUUGUGCACGAACAAAACAGUGUCCUGUUUUGGAAUUACCUAAACAUGGAUUUUUCUUUUCGGGCUACUGUAAACAAGUGCCAGGAUCAUUGUGUGGUCUUGGAUGUUUAACUGGAUAUCGUCUUGUAAAUGGUGAUAGUUUUCGUGAAUGCCGUCAAGAUGAAACCUGGAGUGGGCGAGAACCACAAUGUGAGGAAAUUCGUUGUCCCACAUUGAAAAUUCAUCCUCGAGUUAUACAAGAGUGUUUGCCUCAACAAAAUAAUACAAAAUACAAGUUCGGCACUAAAUGUCGAGCAAAAUGUAACGAAACAGGCUAUCGAUUGGUUGGUCCACGCAUUCGAGAAUGUGCAGUCAUGGGUCGAUGGACAGGUUAUGAACAGUUUUGUAUUAUCGGUGCUGAAACAACAUCACUUGUUAUGUCAAGUACAACAUCAACGCCUGAUUUGGCAACUACGCCAAAAUAUUUAGAUUAUUCAAACUAUGCUUUACAUAUUAAUAAUAGCCAUACUGGAGUUACUUUAACAUCUUUUAAUUCAACUGAAUUUACAAUUAUCGUUUGGUUUUAUUUGGAAAACAAUACGAAAGCUAAUAUAAUUUCAUUGAAACAAAAUAAUGAUAGUGCUCUAUUUGAAUUAAAUAUUCAACAAGGCAGACUAGCUGUUUAUCAUUCACGACGAAAUCAAACAAAUUCUACAACAACAACCUACGUGAAUAUUCCCAUUGAUAAAUGGAUACAUUUUACUUGGACAUAUUCAAAUAGAAAUCAACAAUCAAACUUAUAUAUUGAUGGUGCACGUCAACAAUCGAUCGAUUUCGGAGUAAUGAGCCUCGAUUUCGAAAGCAAGUAA